AUUUGAUUUAUGUUCCGAAAAGGAAUAGAACAUAUUGCUGGAACAAAGCUAAUCAAUCUGUCAUUAUCAUAUGUUUUUGUGAUUGUCAUGUUGACGUGACCUCUUAACAAAUGGGUAGUCUGAAUCCUAACGAAGAAGAUAAUUUGAUAUGAUAAAAGUAUAUUGAAUAAUUGAUGGCUCAAUUUCAAGUUAAUUUUCCUGAACUGGAAGCUUCGCACGUUAUGGUUGUGGUAUCAAGUUGAUUGUCAUGGAGAAGAAGAAAAAUGAAAGAAUGCUGUGGUUGGCGGUUUUAUUUGUUUGCUUUCAGUUAACUGCUUCUUUCCAAAAUCAACUUAAGGCUUCUUUCCGGUACCAGAGCAGUAUCAUUUCAAAAACUCGCACCUCUGUUAUCCACAGAUAUGAAACAUACAGGGAUAUAACUUUAAUUCAUUUAUACAUUCCACAACAUACACUGUUUGCAUCUUUCAAAUUUACUGGGGAUGAAACUCGGAUGUCUAUUUUCGCUUGUAAGCCAAGAGAUGUAUCCUUGUAUAUGAAGUAUGGUGCACCUCCUGUAAUCAAUCCUGAUGAUUCUACAUUUCCUAAGGAUUUCAAGAAUAUUACAAGAAGCAAGUUGCACCAUAUUGAAUUUAUGACUGAUAACAAAGAUCAAUAUAUCAAUUUGACAUCUCCUUACCCAGGCUGGUAUUAUGUGGCUGUGUUCUUGUCUUAUGUUAAUCCAAAGUUUAGUGCAAUAACACAACAAGGCUUAGGUCCUUCUUGUUAUGCUAAUGUUGAAGCACUGCUGUAUGUUGAGAAAAUAUCUAAUCCACUUAUUGUCUCAGAAAAUCACCUCAUGGAAGUGAUAUCUAUAUCAAACACAAGCAGGUAUUUCAAGACAUAUAUUACUGACGAUUAUGAUCAUGCCUUGAUUCAAGUUGAAACAAUUGAUUUGGCUCCAAAUGUGGAAUCUAUGAAAAUUAGGAUUGAUGUUGGAAAGCCAUCUUCACAGAAUACAUUUAUAGCUGCCAAGAGUUUUUAUAGUAAUAGCAAUGAUACAAGUAUUACCUUCUGGACAGUCCCAGGAUCUUGGCAUUACAUUGAAAUUGUAUUUGAAAGUGAGAAAGAACUGUCCUCCAUAUCUUCGAAAGCAACUUUUAGACUAAAGAGAUUUUCAAACUUAAUUGAAAACCUGGAUGAAUAUCAAUUCUUGUCCAACAAAGCAUAUUUCAACAAUUCCAUAACAAAAAUAUAUAGAAAUCGAUCAUUGAGUACUUUAAUUCCAUAUAAACAAUAUGCCUUAGUGAGAGAUGGUUUGUCAGAUACAUUUACCUUCUCAUUUGUAUUGGAGUCUGAGAUGCAACACAAUACCAUUAUUCCAGUGAAUAUGACCAAUGAUCAUUUUUCUGCCUUCAAAUUCAGCAUUAGAGAUGGAACUGAAAUAGGAGGAACACUACAAUUUAUCAUGGCUUUCAAGCCAAGACUGAGACGAAUAGAUAAGGCAGUUUCAUUUGAAAGUGAACCUAAAUCAAAUGUCAUUGUCGCCUGUUUAAGCAGAUACGUCAUGGAAUUACCUGUUUGGCCGAAUAAAUGUGUCACUAGAAAUUCAGAACGAACAUCAGAGCUUAUUUUGAACAGCACUGUUGAAAAUUCUACAAUUUUAGUACCGUAUCCCGAGCUAGGCACGUGGUAUGCGACCUUCAAGCUGUUUUGCCACAAUUGUAGUUCAUGCAAUUGUCCUGAAAAUUGCCAGGAUAGUUUUAAUGCUUGUGUGGAUGCAUGCGAGUUGGAUUGUGAUAUUUCCUGUCAAGACUGCAUCACAAAUUGCAGCAGGGCUUUAAUAGAGACUGAAGAAUGUAAAGGGUGUGAUUGUGAUGGACCAUGUUUGAGGAAGGGAGCUCCAAGCUGCAACUCCAGUAUUGUUUAUGAUAUUUCUUCAAGGCAAUGCAUUUCGGGACAGUGCUCUCCUAAUGGGCUUUGCAGAUUUAUGGUUUCAGAUGGAGUGGUCUUUUCAACGUGCAAUUGUAUAAAUAAAUAUAGGGGUUGGGACUGUUCAGAUGGCUCUUUUGCCACCCCAUACUACAUGUUGGUUAUCGAGUUACUACUGUUGGUUUUAAGUAAUCUUGCAUUCCUGCCAGCUGUCUACGUAGCGUUUAAACGUAAAUAUUAUGUCGAAUCCCUCGCCUACUUCAGCAUCUGCUUCUUUUCCACUUUCUACCAUUCCUGUGACGCGGGUGAGAACAUUAUCAGUUUUUGCUUGACCAAAUCAAAUGCAUUACAGUUCGGAGACUUUUUCUGUGCUCUUCUGGCCAUUUGGGUUACGUUGAUAGCAAUGGCCGAUUUGGCGCCAAUGUGGACCUCCAUUUCGCAAAUGGCAGGAGCCGUAACGUUAGCUUUUUGUACUAGUAUUGAUAAAAUGGCGCUUUGGGUUUUUAUGGUACCUGUUGCGUCAGGUAUCUUUAUAAUUAUUGGAAGCUGGUUCCUGAAAUAUAAAAAAGUCAAGCAACCUUUUAUUAACCGGAGAUACAUAAGGAUUGAGCUUCCAUUAGGGACAACAGUAGUAGUUGUGGGGCUGAUCAUGUUUGCAUUUUUGCAAACAAAAGAUAAUUACAAAUAUCUGCACAGCUUGUGGCAUGUUCUUAUGGCGUGCGCUAUCAUAUUGCUCUUACCGAAGACAAACACAUUUAUGCCCGAAGCUUUGGUAUAGCUCUCAAUGAAUUAUGAGAUUUCCAGUCACUAAAUUGCCUCAUUUUGUGUUGCUAAAUAAAUUCAGCUAUUGCCUAUUUCUGCCAGUAUUGUCUAGAAAAUUGAUAUAUUCAGUUGUGCGCUUUGUUAAUAGACUAGCAAAAUCAAAACAUGCAAUUUUAAAGCACACAUUGCACAUUCAAUACCAGUUUCUUCAUCUUAAUCUUCUUGUUUUUAUAUACCUGUUACUAAGGUCUUGCUGCACCUCUUUAAUUAUGCGAACAUAUUUCAUGUCAGUUGUAAAUGUGGAAUAACAGUAUUCGUUUUUCGAAUGAUGCUGGUAUAUUAUAUAUACAUAUAUGACAUUUACUGAUAGCGCUUUGGUAUUACUGCAUUCGAUAGCUUUUCAGUAUUAGAACAUUAUUUUAUUUUUUAAAUCACUAUUUGUGUUUGGGGUCAUAACUUUGGAUUUUUGUAUCAGUAUUGAUUAAACGGCGCUUUGGGCUUUAAUUGUACCUGUUGCGCCAGGUACGUUCAUAAGUUUUGGUUUUUCGUUCAGAAAAUAUGGCAAAGUCAAGCAGCAUUUUAUUAACAGGAGAUACCUAAGGUUUGAUGUUUGCAUUUUCGCAAAUAAAAGAUAAGUACAAAGAUCUGUAUAGCUCGUGGCAUGUUCUUAUGGCAUGCAAUGAGAUAUGCUAUCUGGAGUUUAAUUACUAUUGCGUUCCCUGCAGAAAAUUUAUAUACUUAUUUUUGUACGUUAGUGAUAGACCAAUAAAAGCAAAACAUUAAUUUUUUUAAAUCACACACCAGAAAGUUGCAAGUUCAUUGGCACAUCAUGGUGAGUUUAUCGUAUUUUGAACACAAUUUGUUUUUAGAUACCUGUACCAAUUGUAAAUGAGAAAUUACAAAAUUCAUUUUAUAAUCCUACUAUUAUAGGAUAUUUACUAAAUACAUUUUGACACUUUUGCAUUCAAACAUUUUAUUCUCAAACUUAUAACAUUUUUUUAUUUUUGCUCAAGACUACUAAUUUUCACCGUGAAAUCAAAAUUCUCAGUCAGUAUCGCUUUCCCAAAACAUUCGGCUGAUAUCGUGAUGGAAUAGUAAUCUUAAUAAUCGAACGGAGUUUUUCAGUACAAUGUGAUGAUUCUCCUGCCAUAAGUUUUUCCGAAGUUUCAAGCUAUUGGAUAUUUCACCAUGGGAGUGUUUAGCUUGUUCUGUUAUGUUCUAUUUGUGGUCAUAGUGAUGUGUCUUACCUUAUGCAACAUGUACAACGAUCUCAUGAAAGAAUUUAAUUAAUUCUAUGAAAGUGUGGUUUAUUACUGGAUUUGAAACAGCUCCACCGCUCGAGAUAGUUUCAAAUGUUCAACUCCGAACACUCCAACUUACUCCUAAUGUCAUGUGGCCGUUCAAAAAUGUGGCAGCUUAACUACCAGAUGAUAUAAGGAGAUACUCGGACUGCACGUAGUUGAAUAGCGGAACCCAGCAUAGGUUAUAAAUGUCCUUCUCAAGUAUUUUCGUAAAAUGGGCCGUUCAAUAAAUGUAAAGUAAAUGUAUGUACAGUGUACAGGGUGUUUUGCUGAAAAUUUACCUCUUCUAACAUUUUCCGACUCAUUGAACUCAGUUUGAUCCAAAAGUUGUAGGGUCUCUUACAAAACUUUUCAUACCGUGUUUUCUUGUAUACAGAAAAAUACUAUAAAAUAAAGGCAAAUUUGCAAAAUUGUUAACAACUACUACGAGCCCCUUCCCACUUCAGUUGGCCCAACUAUUGAUAUCUUAGUUUUUUUCUUAUCAAACCCAAAUAAUAAAAAUGUAGCAGUGUGUUAUAGGUUUAAAAUACUAACAAUGAAUAUUUUGAUAAUAUAUAGUAGAAAACACCAACUUUAUCACUCCCUGAUCAAAUUUGCAGCAUAAAAAUAACACAUGUUGCAAUUACAGCAUAUCAACCUAUUUUUUCAUUUCAUUGCAAAAUAAGUCUAUAAUGCAUAGGUGGCUGUGAAAAAUAAAAGCCAUGGCAACUGUUUUUAUUAAUUACAGCUGUUAGAAUACGUUUAAAAUAGUUUUGGGUAGUUAAGGUUUUCAAAAUGGGUAGAGGAAAGGUUAUUAGUGAAAAAAUUCGGUUACUGAUAAUUAAAUUUUUUAAUUCUGGGAAAUCAAACUCAGAAAUUGCAACUUUGUUAGACUUAUCGCGGUACAGUGUGAGAAAUAUUGUUAAAAGAUAUAACGUAACUGGUUCAGUUAAUAUUAAGCCACGAUAUGUUAAAAAAAGUAAUCUCACAAAUGCCGACCGAAGAGCAUUAAGAAGAAUAAUCGUGAAAACAGGCGUGCCAAUUAUUUACAAUUAAGUGCUCUGUGGAGUGACGCUGUUGGAAGGAGAAUUUCGAGGUCCACAACUCAUAGAGAGGCCCACAAACUGGGAUUUAGCACUUGCAAGGUACGUUUUCUUAUAAAAAAAGUGAAGUAAAAACCCUAAAGUUGCACAACUUGUUUAUAGGCCAAAGAAAAGCCACUAUUAACUCCACUGCAGAAGAAAAAUCGGCUUAGAUGAGCUAAAGAACAUAGACAAUGGACACCUCAACAAUGGUGUGCAAUACAAUGGAGUUAUGAGGCCCGAUUCGAAGUUUGUGUUGGUGACAGUCGCAGUAGAGUUAUUCGCAAAAAAAAUGAAGCAUUCCAUGUUGACUGUCUGAAGAGAAAAGUGAAAUUUUAUGGUCUGGGGCAGUAUGUCAUCAAAAGGAGUAGGAAAAUUUCAUUUUAUUGAUGGAAAUGUGGAUACAAACAAAUAUUUAGCAAUUUUAGAAGAAUUGCUUUUACCAGUGAUGAAAGAAUGUUUGACAUCCGGCCAAGAUUUUGUGUUUCAGCAAGAUGGUGCAGCGUGCCAUACCUCAAAAAAGGGUAUAAAAUGGCUGGAAGAAAAUAAUGUACCACUUUUACGACAACAUCCUGCUCGUACAAUCACCGAACUGAGACAAAAGCUUCAAGAAAUAUGGGAUUGUUAUACACCAAAUUUUUGCCAAAACUUGGUUAACACUACGCCCCAAAGAAUUUCAGCCGUAAUAAAAAAUAAAGGUGAUGUUACCCAAUGGUAAUCUUUCAAUUGUUGCUUUGUUAACUUCGCGCAUUUAUUCGCACAUUGUUUAUUUGUUCAGAUGUUCUAUUAGUUAUAGGUCUAAGUGAUUUCAAAUAUUUAUUUUUUACGACUAGAGUGUAUCUAAAAUGUUUUUGAGAAAAUAAAUUGUUUCAGAAGUAAAUAGUUUCGUCAUGUUUAGUUUAUAAAGGCAUAUUUUGGUACAAAUCUUGAAGUGGGCCAUCUGAAGUGGGAAUGGGCUCGUACAUACACAUUUAGCUAAUAAGUGACUAUUUUGAAAGCGUCUUAAUUUAUUUUUCCUCGUUAAAUAUUUUUGUUUUUUUAUAUGUUGUAUGUACCUAACAUUGUACCACUAGUAGCCGACAUGUCAAAUGUCGCAGUACCUGUAAGUGAUACGGAUUUGAUUUUUUUAUUUCGUAUCUACUUAAAUAUUGUUUAUUAGAUUUAAUAGUAAACAUGUAUUAAUAAAAGAAGUUACAAAAUAAAAUAGCAAACUAUACUUAACUAGUAAAAGGACGACACCACAAAGAUGUUACUUUUCGAGGAGAUUUGAGAUAGGCAACUUGAAAACAUAUCUCAACCUUUCCCCAAUUACAAUAAUCUCUGGAUUAUCCAAAAUACCAGUGAUUUGUUCGGAAGAAAUGGACGAGAUGCCACGUCAUUGGCAACAAAUACAAUUUAAAGCCAUAACAUUGAUAACGUCUUGAUCAACGAUUUCUUGAACAAUGCAUACAUAAGUAUAUUUCUGAGUAUUUCCCAUACAAGCAAACAAAACAAAAUAUCCACUUUUUAAUUGAUGGACUUCUCUAAUUGAUUUAUUUUCUUCCCAUUUCUUCAACAUUCUCGUCUUCUAUAUUCCAAAUAGACUAAUCGGACUCUUAUGUUUUAAGGGAUUUCAUCAAUUCAAUUCAAUAGAACCUGAUUCCUGUUUUCAGUUCCUUCUUUUUAGUUUUAAUCUCCUCAAAAUUCCUUUCAUUUUCUGUUUUUCCUCUCUUUGUGCUUUUCUUUUCAACUUUUGUCUUUAUUUUCGUUGUAAGACUCACUAAGAGGCAUACUCAUGUGAAAAACGUAACAGUCGACAAACAACACAAUAGGCAAUGUAACAUUGUUUUCUCAACAGCCAAGGAUAAAAUAUAUUUGCCACGUAUUCAUAAGAACAUUCUGCAGUCGCUAUCUGACCUACCAGCUCCCCAACAUAUAGGUACACUUUCUGCUAACAGUGUGGGAAUCCUCUGAUAUCGAAAUAUUAUCAUUGAGGGUGUCACGCGGCCAUAGCACUGCAAUUUAUUAAAACUGUUAAACAUUGUUACUCAUCAUUACUUGCCGACUGUCCGGCUGAUGUAUUAAUUUAUCCCCUCUAUGGUCUGAGACUUUCACUGCUUUUGGAUUGAGCAAAAAAGCGGUUUCAUCUGUGUUAAAAAUCCUGCUAGGAUGUAGAAGAAUAUCGGAGAUACUAUUGAGUUUUUAAUUUGGGACUGAGUAACGGCUACUCUGCUUUUGCUCAGAUUAUGAAAAACUGUUUCAGAAACAUCUGAAUGUCUUCUCCUAAAUCCCUCAUACCAUUUUCUACUUAUCUUAUAAUUCUUCAGCCUCAUUUCUUCUUCUUUCCCCAAUUCUAUUGCAAUUUCCUUAUAGAUAAAAUAAACAUGUCUGUUGUUACUGGGAUCUUCCUCUUGGCUACAAUUUUUAUCUAUUCCACUGUUCUUUCAUCUUCUUCUGCGCUAAAGAGAAGGUCCGGUCCCAUCUUUACCCUUUUGGCGACGAAAUUUUCAACAUAUCAACGUCCUGGUAACGGGACAUUUUAAGACUUAUGCCUAAACUUUUUGCCUUAUUCAUGGAUGUACUUUCGGCUUCAGAAAUAUGGCCAUUGUUUUUUGAAUCAUCCUGUAUUUCUAAUCAGAAAAAACUAUAAUUUUCACUAAAAAGGUAAAAACACUUUGUACUAGGCCCUAUAAUUUUUGUAUACGAUUUUUAACGACCAUACAAACAAGUUAUAGCGGUACAGCUUGUAGGUGAUGGCUUGAAAAGUAUUCAUAACGUGACACAAAAUCUCCCUUUUUGCAAAUUAGAUACAGUUAGUACGAUCUAACGACGCAUUGUAGAAGCAGUAUUAACAAGCACACAAAGAAUAUAUAAGUACAAACGAAAAUAUACGUAUAUAUAUGAACAGAAAGACAUUUUAUUAUAAAAUGAAAAGUGGUUAUAGUUUAAUAGAGCUUUUAUCAAUGAGACAGUAUAAUCUAUCUGUCGCUCAAAAUAGAGUCCAUCUAUUAUUAUAAUAUUCAUAUAAUCAAAUAAAACUCAUAUAUUAAAAACAUUUUUAUGAAGCUGUAUCUGUCAGUGUAUAUAUACAGCAAAGUAUGAAAAAGCCUGCUAUUGACCCUUGCAUGAAGUGUUAUUAACACUUGUGCAUCAAAACACAGAAACUUGGACCUUACUUUCAGUAGUGGGACAGUCGAAUAACAUAAGUGUUUUGUACACUUUUUACAGGAUUAAUGAUCUAAUUCUGCAGUGUAACUUAUUUCAGAAUUGAGAACUGUAUUAAAUAAUUAUGUAUUGAUUCUUCAUAUAAUGAACUAUAUCUCUGUGAUAUACUGCCAUUGAUAUAAUUUAUAUUUUUACCAAUGUUGUAUAUAUUGUAC